AUGAAUGGUCGGACGCCCCUAUUAAUUGCCGCAGCGAAUGGGCACGUGGCGGUAGUAGAGCUACUGCUGGCUAAAGACGGCAUCGAUGCAGACUCCAAAGACAGUAUGAAUUGGACGCCGCUCAGUAAGAAUUGGACGCCGCUAUCGCUAGCAGCAUGGUACGGGUACGAUGCGGUGGUGGAGCUGCUACUCGCCAGGGACGGCGUCGAUGCAGACUUUAAGGAUAGGGAUGGUCAAACCCCGCUGUCAUUGGCCGCGGCGAAGGGGCGCGAGGCGGUGGUAAAGCUGCUGCUUGUGGAGGAUAGCGUCGACCCAAACUCCAAGGACAAGUGGGGUAAGACGCCGCUACUACGGGCCGCAGCAAAUGGUCACGAGGAUGUAGUCAAGCUGCUUCUCGAGAAGGGCGCCGAUGUGACGGUCGCGGAUAAUGACGGACAGACGCCUUUGCACGCGGCUUCCCUCGACGGACACGUCGAAGUGGUCAAGCUGCUUCUCGAGAAGGGCGCCGAUGUGACGGUCGCGAAUAACGAUGGAUGGACGCCUUUGAACUUGGCUGCAAAUAAGGGAUACGCCGACAUAGUCAAGCUGCUUCUCAAGAAGGGCGCCGAUGUGAUGGGUUCUAAAAUUAUUCUUAAGUAA